AUUGCAAUCUUUCAAAUUUAUUGCGGCAGUACUGUUUACAUCCCUUCACGCCAACACCGACUUGAAAAGUCUCCACAGGUCAGACCCAGACCCACUGACUCACAGCUCACACUCACUGAGGUUGGGGGCUAGAGCUCAAACACGCUAUAGGACGACGUCGUUUUGAAGAAAAGGAAAUGACAUGCAACAGUGUGGGGCCUGGGAAGCAUGGAGUUGGUUGAGAGUUGGGGAGUAAUAAAAGUACACCGGCCAUUAGCACUUGAGGUCAAAAUAGUUGAAAUUUACGGCUUUGUAGCAGACAGAUAAGGGACAGCGAGCGUGGUAAUUCCCUAUAAAUACAAUUAGAUUGUGGAUGAGCACAAUCAGCAAAUUAACAAGCCUUGCUCUUCUAUCUUGAGUGAAACAUGGGGAAGUUUUUGAAAAAUGUGGGUGUGUCUGUUAUGGCGGUGUUGAUGGUGAUGGUGGUGGUGGGAAUAGCAGAGGGGCGCCGAAUUGAGAAGGAUACGUUUGGUGAGAAUGGUGGCGGUGGUGGAGGUCUUGGAGGAGGGGGAGGAUUUGGAGGUGGUGCAGGAGGAGGUGGGGGUGUUGGAGGUGGUGCGGGCGGAGGAUUUGGUGGUGGUAAGGGUGGCGGAGUAGGAAUAGGAGGUGGCAAAGGAGGAGGUGGUGGUGCUGGUGGCGGUGCAGGUGGCGGCCUUGGAGGUGGUGUAGGUGGAGGUGGUGGUGCUGGUGGAGGUGCAGGUGGUGGCUUUGGAGGUGGCAAAGGAGGCGGUGUAGGUGGAGGUGUUGGUGGGGGUGGUGGUGCUGGUGGAGGCGCCGGUGGUGGCUUUGGAGGUGGCAAAGGAGGGGGUGUAGGUGGAGGCGUUGGUGGGGGUGCUGGUGGAGGUGUUGGUGGUGGUGCUGGUGCUGGUGGAGGCGCCGGUGGUGGCUUUGGAGGUGGCAAAGGAGGGGGCGUAGGUGGAGGUGUUGGUGGGGGUGCUGGUGGAGGCGCCGGUGGUGGCUUUGGAGGUGGCAAAGGAGGGGGUGUAGGUGGAGGUGUUGGUGGGGGUGCUGGUGGAGGCGCCGGUGGUGGCUUUGGAGGUGGCAAAGGAGGGGGUGCUGGUGGAGGUGUUGGUGGUGGUGCUGGUGGAGGCGCAGGGGGUGGCUUUGGAGGUGGCAAAGGAGGAGGUGUUGGUGGUGGUGUAGGGGGAGGCGCUGGUGGUGGCAUUGGAGGUGGGUCCGGAGGUGGUGGAGGAAUUGGAGGAGGCGCCGGUGGUGGUGCAGGAGGAGGAUUUGGUGGUGGUGGGGGUGCUGGAGGUGGCGUUGGUGGUGGUGGAGGAAUCGGAGGAGGCGCCGGUGGAGGCAUUGGCGGUGGGUUUUAGUUAAGAGGCUAGUACUACAAUCAUACUGUACGUGCAUGGGCAGCAUGAGAGUAGAAACCGUUUGCAACUUCUUGUAUUAUGUGGGCCAAGUAUUCCCGCUCAUUACUAAAUAAAUAAAAGAAUUAAAAAAAAAAAAAAAAAAAAGAGUUCUACUACUAA